AUGGCAGCCGUCAAGCGAAGCAAAACCAUGCCAGCUGAUGGCCAAACAACAAAAUUCUUAUACACGAUCUUGAAGCAGCUGGACUUGAAAUCACACAUGGAAGGAAACACGACAACCGCUCGUACACCUCGUGCUAAGAAGUCCAAGGCAGAAACUGCAAAGUCGAAAAAGGCCAUGUUUGAGGAUCUGGCACGGGGCAAAGAGCACUCUCCCACCGAGAGAUCCAGUCCUCCUGUCAAACAGGAGCUAGCAGUAAAGGCUGAGCCAGCAUUUGGGGCCGGAGCACCACCUCAGUAUUUCUAUCCGCAAGGCGCGGCAGCUGUCCCCAGGAGCCUUGAAAAUACGCCCGUCCAGAAUAAUACUCCGUUUUACGACUUCUCGACCGUGUCUCCAGCAGACCUGACCGUGCCUUCUUUUGUCCCUGAGCCUGUAAUCGGUUAUUCGGCGCCACCAUUUGGGGAGAAUUGGAUCCCAGUCAAGGCUGAAAGGGCAGACGGUGAAGUUGAGAUGCAGGAUCUCUUCAUCAAGUCAGAGCCAAAUAUGUAA